UCUUUUUGGCGGGACAGUGUGUUUUUUCCCGCCAUAACCACUCUACUUUUCCCCACUUCACAAUUCUCCCGCCUCAUCUCUGCGUCGAGAAUCAACCGCCAUGGCUUCCUCCGAUUUCUCACCCUCCGGAGCUUCGUCCCCCGAUGGCCGGUCGAGUCCAAUCGCGAACACUAAUUCCUCCCCUGCUCUUGGACCCGCCGGGCGUAGCAGCCGGCGACGGCGUCGUACCCCCUCCACCACACCCUCCCCCUCCCCCGGUGCCCUACUGACCCCAUCCGCCACGCCGUCCGCUAGCGGCCCUCCGUCUUCUACCCCUUCCAGCCUCCGCCGCCGGUGGACACGCCGUCACCCCGCAACCCCCUCCACCCCUAUGUCCGCCGACGAGAACCUUCCUCCCUCGUCAGACGCCGGGGAUGACGACGCGGUCGACCACGAUGACGCCGAUUCCGCUCCCGUGUUUGUCUGGGGUACCAACAUCAGCGUGCAGGACGUGAACGCCGCCAUUCUCCGGUUCCUUCGCCACUUUCGUGACCCGAGGGAGGCUAGCAGGGGGAACGGCCUGCUGGACGAUGGAAAGUACAUGCGGUCCGUCCACCGCAUCAUGGAGCUUGAAGGUGGGGAGUCUUUGGACAUCGACGCCCAUGACGUGUUCGACUACGAUCCUGAUCUCUAUACCAAGAUGGUUAGGUACCCGCUGGAGGUCCUGGCCAUCUUUGACAUUGUGGUCAUGGAUUUGGUCGCUCGAAUCGAUCCAUUGUUUGAGAAACACAUCCAAACUCGAAUCUAUAAUCUCAAAUCCUCCGUCUGCAUGAGGAAUCUCAAUCCUUCUGACAUUGAAAAGAUGGUGUCUGUUAAAGGGAUGAUCAUCCGUUGCAGCUCUGUCAUACCAGACGUCAAAGAGGCUACAUUUCGUUGUCUAGUCUGCGGUCAUUACUCAGAUCCCAUUCUUGUUGACAGAGGGAGGAUAAAUGAACCAACAAGGUGUGUAAGACAGGAAUGUUUAGCCAUGAACUCAAUGACACUGGUUCACAAUCGAUGCAGAUUUGCAGAUAAGCAGAUUAUCAAGUUGCAGGAGACACCUGAUGAAAUUCCAGAAGGAGGGACCCCACACACUGUCAGCAUUUUGAUGCAUGAUAAACUUGUAGACUCUGGAAAACCUGGAGAUAGGGUUGAGAUUACAGGUAUAUACAGAGCAAUGAGUGUUAGAGUAGGACAAACUCAGAGAACUGUGAAGUCUACAUUUAAGACUUACAUAGAUUGUCUUCACAUAAAGAAGACAGACAAGUCUCGUCUCCUCCUUUCUGAUCAAAUGGAUUGUGAUAAUAGUACCACUAACAAGACUGUUGAAGAUGAAAAUGCUGAUUAUCGGGACAAGAUUGAUAAAAUAAAGGAGCUUUCAAAAUUGCCAGAUAUCUACGACAGGCUUACGAGGUCUUUGGCACCUAACAUAUGGGAAUUGGAUGAUGUGAAAAGAGGUUUACUUUGCCAGCUUUUUGGAGGCAAUGCUCUAAAGCUUGAUUCAGGAGCAAGCUUCCGAGGUGACAUUAACAUUUUGUUGGUUGGUGAUCCUGGAACCAGUAAAUCUCAGCUGCUCCAGUAUAUGCACCAGUUAUCACCUCGUGGAAUAUAUACAAGUGGGCGGGGGAGCUCUGCAGUUGGUCUAACUGCUUAUGUUUCAAAAGACCCUGAGACUGGUGAAACUGUACUGGAAAGUGGUGCACUUGUCUUAAGUGACAGGGGCAUCUGCUGUAUUGAUGAGUUUGAUAAAAUGUCUGAAAAUGCACGCAGCAUGUUGCAUGAGGUGAUGGAACAACAGACUGUAUCAAUUGCAAAGGCUGGAAUAAUUGCUUCAUUAAAUGCUAGGACUUCAGUAUUAGCUUGUGCAAACCCUAGUGAAUCUCGGUACAAUCCUCAGCUCUCUGUGAUUGACAACAUCCAUCUUCCUCCAACUUUGCUUUCAAGAUUUGAUUUGAUUUAUCUAAUUUUGGACAAGGCAGAUGAACAAACUGACAGACGUCUAGCCAAGCAUAUGGUUGCUUUGCAUUUUGCAGAUCCAGAGACGCAAGUGCAAGAGUUUAUUGACCUCCCUACCUUAGUUGCAUAUAUCAGCUAUGCUAGAAAGCAUAUUCAUCCACAGAUAUCUGAUGAAGCUGCUGAAGAGUUGACACGCCGAUAUGUGGAAAUGAGGAAAAGAGGAAAUGCACCAGGAAGCAGGAAGAAGGUUAUCACAGCAACAGCUAGGCAAAUUGAAAGCUUAAUCCGCCUUGGUGAGGCACUUGCACGUAUGCGUUUUUCAGAAUGGGUUGAAGUGCAAGAUAUAGCAGAAUCUUUUCGAUUGUUGGAAGUUGCAUUGCAGCAGUCAGCAACAGACCAUUCCACUGGAACCAUCGAUAUGGAUCUUAUCAUGACUGGAAUAUCUGCAAGUGAAAGGAUUAGACGGGAGAACCUAGUUGCAGCCAUGCGUAACCUUGUGAUGGAGAAAUUGCAAAUUGGAGGUCACUCCGCUCGAUUAGUAGAGUUGCUGGAGGAGGUCAAUAAGCAAAGUUCCAUGGAAGUUCACCUCAAUGAUGUGCGGACCGCCCUUGCAACUCUGGCCACUGAGGGAGUUGUUCUUCUUCACGGAGACAAUGUAAAGAGGAUAUGAUGAAGCCACUGAGUAGAGCUACUUGUUAAGUUUUUCAGAGAUAGAUCACUAAUUCAAUCAGGUGCCAUGUUCCAUCGCAUGCAAAACAAGCCAGUUCAUCUCAUUGUCUAAUGUAUUUACUUUAGAGUAACUUCUUUAUAUUACUAAUUCUUCCCUUUGGAUUAUAAGUGUGUCAAGAGCUUAAUGCUGCCUUUUUCAUUGUUUUGAAAAAGAUAAUGUAAAAACUGCAAGUUUUCAUCUUAUUUGAGUAACAAAAUGGGAAAAAAAAAAUUGUUUAGAAUUGAGAGAAGAAUGAAAGUAGAGGAAUAACUCAA